AUGCCAGCAAUUACCUCAUCUGCAGUUUGUUUGGGAUCUGCUUCUUCGAGUGUUGGUUCACUUCUUCAUCGUUCAUCCAAUGGUUCAAUAAGCUCUUGUCAUAUUGAUAAGGAUUCCUAUAUGAAACGAAACAUUUCUAACAGUUACGAUUCGAUAGAAAACUUUUCUUCCUCUUCAUCACCGUUGGACGAAUUACUUAAUGAUGAGAGUUGCGAACUGGACAAAAAUGAAAUACGAAAGAUUCUUAUAAGAACUCUCCCACCUCUCCCUAAAACACAAAAUCCCUAUAAGAGAAUUCUAGACAAUCGAAUAGUCGCAAUGAUAAAGGAAACUAUUCCUUUUAGAUCCAAUUUUGACGGAAAUAUUAAGCAAUAUUAUGAUUUGAAUUUGGUUAUUCCACCUUCAUUGUUGGAGUUUGUCCAUGGUUUCGAAUGGGAUGCUGACAGAAAAUUUCUAAAUCCGAAACUCAACAUUAUUUCUGGUCCUGUUCGAUUCUCAAAACUUGAAUCAUUAGAUAUGAUUUGUAAAUAUCCAGCUCUUCAGCAAGUUUCUGAUAUCAAUUCGAUCAUUUUCAUUGCAGUUGGAAAGGAUAUUUUAGGAGUGAGAGUUUCAGAUAUUUUGCAUUCACCAUCUAAUUUCAAUUUACAAAUAUUCAGGGAAAAUUCAUUUAGAAUUGAGGAAAGAUCCUUACUAGAAAUUGUUGAAGGAUUUUCAUGUUGGAAUAUUGACUCGAAAAAUCUUUAAAAAGUGAAACAAUUCA